AUGUCACAACGUCAACAGCAACAACAGCUGUCUCAAUCAUCCUCCGCAUCCCAAAUUGCCUUCCCUACUAGCAGGCAGUCGAUAGAUCGUCGUUCACCCGUUCCUGAAGCCGAGGAAGCCGCCGAGGAAAUGACAUCGCAGUCUCAAUCCCCUGUUAUCUCACCCGGAGUAUCGCCCAAUCCGUCGCCAGUACGAGUCAAGUUUCAGGACAGACCAACGCAGAUGCAGGCAGACGUUAUCGAAGAGCCUUCAAGGGAUGCGAAAUCUAGUCCUCAGUUAACAGCUCGUCCCAAAGCUGUUCGUGCGGAGACUUUGGACCCAAGCACAUAUAGAAAUGCCGAGCCAGUGUCAUCCGAUGAUAUAUUAUUUCCUUCACGAACACAUGGACGUGACCACACAACAGAGGGGUUAGGGACAUUUCUGACUCAUAAACCUGGCGCCAGUAUUGACUGUGGAAGACCCAACAAAUUAGAAAGAUCAGACACAGGUGCUAGCAACGGAAGUAUAGUGGCCGCCAUGAGGAAUCGAUAUUCUUACAGUCCCGAGACUCCAUCCCCUCCACAUACGAAAGAUAUACCCCGAAUACCACAGAGUGUAAGCAACCUUGCCUCGAAGUAUGACCGACCAGUAUCCCCCCCUAGUGCGCGACCUCUACCUUCCAUUGACACCGCCUCACGGCAAUCGCGUGAAACUGCCUACCGGGAGCGGGAACGAGAAACGACGGUGACCACGAAUCAUAGGUCUACCAGUAAUCCUGUGUCUGCCGUAGCAGGGGACGACGAGUUUACUGCUCGCCGUAGACAUCAACAGCGAAUGGAACAAAUGGUGGAGAUGGAAUUCAGGGAGAAGGAACAGGAGUUGAGACGUCGUGAGCAAGAUAUUGAGCAGCGUGCAAAAGAACUGGCGCAGGCGCGUGCCAACCUUCUGCAGACUGUCUCGAGUCUCGAUAUCGCAAAACCCAGACAACGCCAGUUAUCGUUUCAACAAGGUCAGUCUGGACAAACGUACAGUACGAACGGGGACACAGUUGCAUUUCCCGUCCCUGCAUCUCCUAGGCUGGGAGCUACAGCACCGAUGAGACCACAUUCACAGUACUCCACCAGUGCUACCCAUCUCGUCCCCCCGGCGUCUCCUCGCGGCCCUUAUCGGAAUCGAGGUGAAGAGUGCAGUCGUGAUCCUAGUGCAACCAGCACCACCUCUACCUCAAUGAACUCUUCUCCGGUGAUGUCCACUCCGCGAACGGAGAAGAAAGGAUGGAUGAGACGCUUAAGCAUGCCGAUCGUGGCUGGCAAUGCGUUCUUGGAAGGGAAGAAACAUAGUAGCCACAACAGCUUUGGUGGAGGGAAGGGCGGUUCAAUUUCAUUGGACUCGAAGAGGAACGCAAGUAACACGUAUUUGAGGGGUGGUAUCGCGGGUGAGGAUGGAAGACUCUCGGGCGGCAUGACGGGUGUGAAGAAUUAUGAGCUGGGAAGUGGGAUCAGCAAUAUAUCGGUCACGAAUCUGAAUAGCAGACGAUAA